UUGGCAAUGGUGUAAUAUUUUCAGGACUUGGUUCUUCUUCUGUUAACAUCUGGCCGAGAUCCUGGCAUAAUCCCACGCAAUGCACAUCCUCCAGAGCCAGAAGGUUUUGAUAAUAAUGUAGAUGUUGGUGCUGGUCAGACUCCUCAACUGCGGUUGCCUCGCUUCAAGGAGGUUGAUGUCAAUGGAGCAACUGUUAAAGUCAAGUAUUGUGAUACUUGUAUGCUCUACAGGCCUCCUCGAUGCUCUCACUGCUCAAUCUGUAAUAACUGUGUUGAACGGUUUGAUCAUCACUGCCCCUGGGUUGGACAAUGUAUUGGACUGCGUAAUUAUAGGUUCUUCUUCAUGUUUGUCUUCUCAACUACGCUACUUUGUAUAUAUGUUUUCGCAUUUUGCUGGGUCUAUAUUAGAAGAAUUAUGGUAUCAGAGGAGAUAACAAUUUGGAAGGCCAUGAUCAAAACACCAGCUUCCAUAGUGCUGAUAGUUUACACCUUCAUAUCUAUGUGGUUUGUUGGAGGGCUUACUGCCUUCCAUUUAUAUCUGAUUAGUACAAAUCAGACUACGUACGAGAAUUUCAGAUAUCGAUAUGAUGCACGAGCAAACCCAUAUAAUAAAGGUUUUUUGAAUAAUUUCAAAGAGAUAUUCUGCACCAGCAUUCCUCCAUCCAAGAACGACUUCAGGGCAUUGGUGCCAAACGAACCAGCAUUACCUACCCGAUCGGUGGGCGGAGGCUUUAUGAACCAAAAUAUGGGAAAAGCUGGGGAGGACAUAGAAAUGGGGAGGAAAACGGUCUGGGGUGACAUGGGUGCCGGAAUUGACCAUUCUGAAGGUCCAUUAAACAAUGAGAGAACAACUGUAAAGGAAGGUGAACUAGGUGAUUUGUCUCCUGAAAUCAGGACGACAGUUGAUGAGACAGCCGACCGUGCUGGACUCCAUCCUAGGCGAUCAAGCUGGGGUAGAAAAAGCGGAAGCUGGGAAAUGUCCCCAGAAGUUCUUGCUUUGGCAGCAAGGGUAGGGGAACCGAAUCGUGUGGGUGGCGGUAGCAGUAGUAGCUUGACAAAUGAGAAUCGUCAUACAUAGCUGUCGGUCAACACAUAUCCUGGCCAAAGAAGGACAAGAAUUUGAUUUGGCAGUAGUGAUGAAAGAAUACAUUUAUUGUCGUAACUCGUUACUGAAGUUAUUCUACGUUUGGGGAUGGGGGGUGUUGUAGGCAAUUCGCAAGGGUGUUUGUAACUGUUGUUUAGCAGGUUUGCUUGUAGGAAGGGAUUGUUUGGUGUUUGGUGUUUGGUGUUUGGAGAGUGAGAUUUCUUUCCUUUGCUUGAUAUGAUGAUGAUGUUUGUGUAUUGAGCUUACCAACUAAUUGGCCUCUGCAUAUGUAAAAGUGAUCUCUCUCUCUCUC